UUGAGUCUCAGACUUCGCAAGCAGAUGACUCUUCUUCGAGGUCCUACCACGUUUGCCUGUUGGAACUGUAGUUUAUGGAUCCGUCGCUAUUAUCGUUCAUUUGAUCCAAACCGUCUCUCAACUUGUGGACAAGACACCUACUCGCAAGAGAGGCAGAUUGCACCUCAGUCAACCCCUCUUACCGUGUAUUUGCAAUGCGUAGCUUGGAGACCUGAAUUGUUUUCUUUCAAAAAUUUAGGCACUCUGUUAGAGAAACACUCUCACGAAGUGUUUUCUAUUCCAGUUGAUGUGUUCGAAGCUAUUGAGAAUAAGUUUUCAGAAAUACGACAGGCCUUGAAAAAGUCUCACAAUUUUCUUGGUAGAGUGGAAUACUAUACUUUUUUCACUUCUAUUUUGAGCUUUAUUCGGGACGACAUACUAGAAAUCUCGAGGAAUGAAAGAAAUUCGAAAGAACUGCUCGAUUUGAUAUUAAAAUAUCGGAGAGAACAAGACCAACUGUUAGACCUACCCAAGUUUUUCAGAACCAGAGCUUCAGGUGGAAAUUCUCUUUGGCAUUGCUCGUUGCUGUUAUCAGGUUACAAUUUUGAAGCAUAUGAUUGUAAGAAUUUGAAGACAGGAAAGAGAGAAGUAUUUGCAAAAGCUGUAUUCCAAAUUUUUGCCGACUUUGUAAAAAACGUUGAAAAUGAUUUCUACUUUGCACGAAAUGAGCAUGAUGACUGUUCUUUAGACUCCAGUUUGAGAAGUUUAAUUGCUAAAAGACAACCAACUAAAGACGACUUCAAUUCUAUUGCACUGCUGAAACGACGACUUCAGAAAGUGAUACAAAAGCAAUAUCCAGAUUGCAGUUUAGAAAUUUUUGGUUCGGCAGUGACAGGUUUGUGGAAGCCAGCUUCAGAUGUUGAUUUUGUUGUUCUUCCAAAAAAUACUAUGAAGGAUAAAAAAUCCAAACCCGUGAAAUAUCUCCGUGUCUUGGCAGGCGUACUUAGGAGCACAGAAAUGUUUUCAGUAUUUCUCAUCGGCAAUGCCAAAGUUCCUAUCGUCAAAUUUGUCGAUCACACUUCUGGUUUGAAAGGCGAUAUCUCAUGGGAUUCCAGUUUAGGCUUAGUCAAUUCUAAACUGAUUAGACAAUAUCUUGAUAUGGAUGAACUGGUCAAAGACUUUGUAUGGCUAGUGAAAGAAUGGGUAUCCGCAAGGCGAAUAGCAGGCGCUCCUCAACACUACCCAAGUUCUUAUUGUUGGGUUCUUAUGUGUCUAUGGUUCCUUCAAAGAGUCAAAAAAGUGUUACCCGUUAUUUCUGUUCCUGAAGAAAUGUCGAAAAGAAAACAGGUUGAUUGGAUUUUAGAAUAUACUUAUCGGAAGGACGGAAAGAGUAUUUCAUCCGAGUAUACGUUGACACAACUUUUAGAACAGUUCUUUCGGCAUUUUGCUUACGAAAUUUCCAUAGAUGCCGUAAUAUUUGUUAGCCAAACUUCUCUUCUUAUGAAACAUUCUGGUAAAAACAGCAAAUGGAGAGUUGAAGAUCCGCUUGAGUUUGAACGAGACCUCAUGUGUCAUGUCAGUCACACUCAGUUCCAGGUCAUCUUGUACGAAUUUUUAAGAGCUCAUCGCAUUAUCUCAACUGAAAACAACAUUUCGAAGCUUUUUGAUAUACCAAAAGGAGAAAACAUACGUCGAAGAAUGAUAGGCUACUUUGACUGUCUUUUAGAAACCGAGCUAAAUGGUCAAGCACCUUUGAAAGGUUACAAAUGACUUGACUUGUUCAUAAUGGUCGUUUCCUU